AUGACCAUCACUCGAUCCCAAACGGGGAAAACCCCAAAGAAAAUGGAGCGGCCCGGCUUCGUCGAGACACCUGGCCGCCGAGUAACCCGCAGCGCCAGCGCCAGAUUGUCGGAGGAGCCUUCCGACUCAACAGCUGAAGGAUCGAAGUCGACAACCCGGAGACGCACUUCUGUCAAGAUCAAGACUGAACCUGUGGAGGAAGAAUCAAAGCCCUCCAAUGGUCAUGCCGACGGUUCUGAUGUCAAAAAGGCUCGGAUUGUGGACGGGUGGGAAGAAGGGAAGGACCCCAAAGUCGACUACAGUGGCCACUUUGAAUUUGGAGGAUCCUUCGGUGUCGCGUCCAUGAUGAUCGGAUUUCCGCUACUGAUGUACUACAUGUGGAUUGGUGCCACCUACUACGAUGGCAAGUUUCCUCGCCCCGCCGAAGGACAAAGUAUGUCGGACUUCUUUGCGCAUCUGGGACACCUGGUAUAUGAAGGUGCUUUCCCGUCUCUCAAGGCUUGGACGAUCUACUGGGUGUUCUUCAUCUUUGAGGGAAUUUGCUACCUCUAUCUCCCCGGUAUCACCGUGAUGGGUCGCCCUUUGCCGCACUUGGGAGGCAAGCAGCUGCCAUACUACUGCUCUGCUGUUUGGUCCUUCUACACCACUAUCGCGCUGGCCUCCCUGCUUCAUAUUACUGGUAUCUUCAAGUUGUACACUAUCAUUGACGAGUUCGGCCCUCUCAUGAGCGUCGCUAUCCUUUCUGGGUUCCUUGUUGCUUUCGUGGCCUACUUUUCGGCAUUGGCACGCGGGGCGCAACAUCGCAUGACCGGGCACCACGUCUACGAUUUCUUCAUGGGUGCCGAGCUCAACCCCAGAAUGUUUGGCAUUCUGGACUUCAAAAUGUUCUUUGAAGUUCGCCUUCCUUGGUACAUUCUGCUCUUCGUUACCUUGGGUGCCGCGGCCAGACAGUAUGAAGUCUACGGCUACGUCUCUGGUGAAGUUGGUUUCCUUCUCAUGGCGCACUUCUUGUAUGCGAACGCCUGCUCUAAGGGUGAAGAGUGCAUUGUGUCUACAUGGGACAUGUACUACGAAAAAUGGGGUUUCAUGCUGAUCUUCUGGAACCUCGCUGGUGUUCCCCUGAGCUACUGCCACUGCACAAUCUACCUGGCCAACCACGACCCGGCCACGUACCACUGGAACCGCUACUUCCUCACAUUCCUCUACGUCGCCUACCUCUUCGUGUACUGGGUGUGGGAUACGACCAAUAGUCAGAAGAACCGUUACCGCCAACAGGAGCGUGGAACGAUGGUGUUCCGCAGCACUUUCCCUCAGCUGCCUUGGCAGACCCUGAAGAACCCCAAGACUAUCACGGCUGAGGAUGGUUCGAAGAUCCUCGUCGACGGCUGGUAUGGCAAGGCACGCAAGAUCCACUACACCUGUGACCUGUACUUUGCCCUUAAUUGGGGCCUCAUUACUGGGUUCAGUAGCCCCUUCCCUUGGUUCUAUCCUCUGUUCUUCGCCUGCAUGAUCACUCACCGUGCGAUGCGUGAUAUCGAGCGUUGCCGGAACAAGUACGGCGAGGCCUGGAGGGAGUACGAGAGACAGGUUCCUUACCUGUUUAUCCCGUAUGUGUUCUAA